GCGGAGCCUGGCGGAGCCAUGGCGGGCGUGCGGGGCCUCCGGGUCUCGGUGAAGGCGGAGGCGACGGGGACCGCGGCCGAGCCUCGCGGGCCGGAGCCCGAGCCUAUGGAGGUGGAAGAGGGCGAGCUGGAGGCCAUCCCUGUGAGGCGAUCUCUGCGAGAGCUGCUCCCGGACACCAGCAGGAGAUAUGAAAACAAAGCUGGAAGCUUCAUUACAGGGAUAGAUGUAACCUCCAAGGAAGCAAUUGAGAAAAAGGAACAAAGAGCAAAACGCUUUCAUUUUCGAGCUGAAGUGAAUCUCGCCCAAAGGAAUGUGGCAUUGGAUCGGGACAUGAUGAAGAAAGCAAUUCCUAAAGUGAGACUGGACACAAUUUACAUUUGUGGCGUGGAUGAGAUGAGCACACAGGACAUCUUUGCCUAUUUCAAAGAGUAUCCUCCUGCGCACAUUGAGUGGUUGGAUGAUACAUCAUGUAAUGUGGUCUGGCUGGAUGAAGUAACUGCAACACGGGCUCUGAUAAACAUGAGUUCCUUGCCUGAGCAGGAGAAAACAAAAAGCAGAGAAAACAACGAAGAGAAGACAGCUGAAAAAGCCAAGAAAGAAAAACAAGAGGAAAGUUCUGAUGAUGAGACAGAAGAAGGCGAGGUUGAGGAUGACAAUCCAAGUGAGGUUGAGUUGGAUGCCCUCUCCCAGGUUGAAGAGGAUUCUCUGCUGCGUAAUGAUCUUCGCCCUGCCAAUAAACUGGCUAAAGGAAACAAGCUAUAUAUGAGAUUUGCUACUAAAGAUGACAAAAAAGAGCUGGGAGCUGCAAGGCGAAGCCAGUAUUACAUGAAGUACGGCAAUCCGAAUUAUGGAGGCAUGAAAGGGAUUCUUAGCAAUUCUUGGAAACGAAGAUACCAUUCGCGUCGACUCCAUCGGGAUGUGAUAAAGAAAAGGGCACUUAUCGGGGAUGAUGUUGGCUUGACUCCUCCUUACAAACAUCAUCAUUCAGGCUUGGUAAAUGUUCCUGAAGAGCCUAUUGAGGAGGAAGAAGAAGAGGAGGAAGACCAGGAUAUGGAUGAAGAUGACAGGGUUGUAGUAGAGUACCGUGAUGAAUUGCAAGCGUUCAAACAGUCGCGAGACCGCAGUGCAGCGAGACGGUCGAGUGCGAGUGCGUCUGAUUCUGACGAAAUGGACUAUGAUCUUGAACUGAAAAUGAUAUCAACACCCUCUCCCAAAAAGAGCAUGAAAAUGACAAUGUAUGCAGAUGAGGUGGAAUCACAACUGAAAAACAUUAGGAAUUCCAUGCGAGCAGAUAGCAUAGCAACCAGCAACAUCAAGAAUCGGAUUGGCAGUAAAGGAUCGUCAGAGAAAGUUGCAGAUGUGAGACUACUGUUAGAAGAAAAACGUCAGAACAAUACUGGGCCACGUCAGCCAAACAGCACCGUGAAAUCAGAUGUGCGGCAAAGACUGGGAAAAAGACCGCAUUCUCCAGAAAUUAAACCUCCAAGUAGUACCUCUGCUCCUCGUCGAGAACCAAUAUCAGAUGUCCACAGCCGGUUAGGAAUCCCCAAGCAAGAUGUAAAAGGCCUCUAUUCUGACACCAGAGAGAAGAAAUCAGGUAACUUAUGGACCCGUUUAGGAUGUGCUCCGAAGACACAAGAAAAGACUUCAGAUAAACCUGAAAACUCUGUGGCAUCUCCAGAGGAAGAGGAUUCAGAGCUUCAGCGAGUUUGGGGUGCUCUCAUUAAGGAAAAAGAACAGUCUCGGCAAAAAAAGAGUCGAUUGGAUAAUUUGCCAUCUCUACAAAUUGAAAUCAGCCGAGAAAGCAGUUCUGGGUCAGACACAGAAUCGUGAUUGGUUUUACUUUCUGAGCCAGGAGGCUGUGACUCUGCAGUGUGGCAAGAUUUCCUUCACCCAGAAGCUGGACACUGGCAAAAACUCUGCAGUGAAAGUUCCAGAAGUGUCUCUCUCCCUUUUAUACAAAAAGAGCUGCCUAUACCACUUGAAAAUUAAAGCAAUCUCGUUUGUCUGGAGUCUGUGGUUGGCUCUGUGUUACGUAGGGCAUUGUCAUAAAUGUUUAUAUGCAAACCUGUAGUUAACUCUAGCAAAACACUUUUCCCCAAGCUUUGAACUUAAAAGAAGAGGCAGAAAUGCUCUGUAUUUUUAAUGAUCUUUUUGUUCUUAAUAUUUUUAAACAUGGAGCCUUUUAACAAAAUGUUUUACACAGUUCAUCCAAAGAAGAGGGCAUUUCAUAAUCGACAUCAUUGCCUUGCCCUUCUGGCUCUUACCAGCACCUUUCCUUUCCUCUUGAAGUACUAACAGAAAGGCUUCCUGGGUAGGCAGCCAGCCAGGAGAAAGCAGAAAGGGACCAUCACGUUCCCUUCCUCCAAAAUACUGAAUGUAAAUCAAAGUCAGACAUUUUAAUACAGUGAAAUUUCACACAGCAUCCAAGUAUCAUCACUGCUCUCAAGGAAUUCUCAUUUCUUUUGGUGAUAAUUGUGUUCUGCCGUAGCAGGGAUUGAGACUGCGAGGCUGGAUGUUUGAGGAUUGUGUAGAUUCCCAAGGGUUUCAUUUCUUUUUUGUUACAUUGUGAGAAAUCAUAUUUCUUCCAUUUCAUCUCUUAUGUUUCGAAGAAACCUAACAAUUUAAACCCAUGCGUUUUUAUAUUUGUGUGGAUUUUCCCGUUGGCUACGGUGAAAGCUAUAGUGGUGUUUUCCUGCGUGUUGUUUAACUAAUAUAUAUAUAUAUAACUGAAAGAGAAAAGGAAAACUAUAGGAUCACUGUCUCCUGUUGAUACUUUUGAAUGUCCUUAUUGUAUCGUAUGUGUGGACGUGCACGUGGCUGACUUAACGUUCAGCUUUUUCACCCAGAUACCCUCUGUAAGUAAGCAAAAAUGUUGAUCAGCGUGGAACUGCCAGUUUUUCUUCUCUUUCCUUAUGGCAUUUAUUUUGAUUUACAGUAAUUCUAAAUAAGGAAUUAAUGCUAGCACAUCCCCUUCUGGUGAGUAGAACAGGUAGCAGAAACAUUGCUACAUUCUGAUAGUCUGAAAAUCCCUUUGUCCCUCUUUCCUGGGUUCUGUCAGUCCAAAAUGUCUAUGAACGUCUCUUCCCCUUUCUGCUUUUUAACAAACAAAUGUUCUUUUCCCCCCUCCUAUUUUUGUACUAAGUUGUGAAGCCUCAAACCUACUUCAAAAGCAGGGAAUCUGCAAUUAACUACUUUUCUUGCUGCUUUAUUAUGUGUAAGAAUAGCAGCACUUAAAAUUAAAGGUAAAAUGCAAGGUACAGUGACUAGAAGGGUAAUCUGGGGACUGGCUGGGCUUCAAGCGUUAUUUCCUUGUUUUGUGACACUCAUCCUUGAUUUGAUAUUUAAUUAUUGAAUAUAUAAAUGUGUCUCAUAAAAGUACUGUUGAGAGUAAAUGACUGCAAUGUCUGAUCACUGUAAUAAUUCAUUUAACGUGUGCUUUCAUUAAUCUCCCUUCCAAAGCUUUCAAAUAGAAUCAUGUCCACGCCGUACCCAUUUCUCAAGAUCCUGAUAAAAUUUAUUUAACCAGUGUCUUUUUGCCAGUAAACUUUGUGUUGUCUGACUGCUUGGAAUCCAUUAUGACCUGUCCUUUUCCUGAAGGGAGUUUUAAGGCUCAGCAGCUGGUUGUCCUCUUGCUGCUGCUGCUAACUGCUGUGUUUCCACGUAAAUACUCAUCAUGUCAGCCUGGUGUUGGACUGACUGGCUGUUAUGAAGGACAGAGCGGGAACAGGGGAUUUCUUCAACCCAUAUAAAAGAAGCAAUUGGUGUAAGAGAUCAAGAAAAAUGGUGCAGGCAAAAGCAGCUUCAAGGAAGAGGAGCCAUGAGCAACAGUUGUAUUUUCGAGGUACUUGUAAAUACACAUGAGAAAUGCCUGCAUCGUGUCUGGUUUGGGGAGGGCUGUGUGGUUUGGUGAGACUGUGGUAGCUUAGUUACAGGAAAACCAAGUUUUGCUGUUGAAGGGACUGAUGUAGAGGGCGGAUUUAUAAGCGUUUACCUGGUUUUGCAUUUUGAUGAUGUACAGAGAAGCCUUGAAAAGCGUUUGCCAGUAUUAGGAAUUCCAGCUUUGGUCUUCUUUGGUUGAACUUAGAUGAACUGCUGGGUUUUCAUAAUUAAAA